UGGCAGAGGGAGAGCGAGCCCUUUGCAGAAGCGAGCAGGGCACCCUCAUGCCCGAACCUCAUCCUCCCGACUCCUGCCCUGGGAAGAGGAUAUUGCUCUUAAAUUCCCUGCUGAGUGUCUUUGCAGGCCUGAAAAACCCUAGCUCCCACUUUCUAAGCAGCCGACUCAACCCUCCUCAGCAGAACCAGUGCUAAGGAUGAAGGGGAGUCCGCCGCCGCCGGCAUCUCGGGCAUCCGCUGCCUGGGGCUCGGCCCGGCUGCAGGACCUGCCUUGGGGAGGGCAGAUUCUUCCUCAGAAGAAGGGCUCGGCCCCCUAUGCUGGACAAGGGGGACGUGACCGCGCUCAGCCUGCCCGCUGCCACCGGCCACGGCGAUGCCGACGGCCCCAUCUGCCUGGACGUCCCCGACGGCACCCCCGACCCCCACCGGACGAAAGCUGCCAUCGAGCACCUGCACCAGAAGAUCCUCAAGAUCACCGAGCAGAUCAAGAUCGAGCAGGAGGCGCGGGACGACAACGUGGCCGAGUACCUGAAGCUGGCCAACAACGCGGACAAGCAGCAGGCGUCCCGCAUCAAGCAGGUUUUCGAGAAGAAGAACCAGAAGUCGGCGCAGACGAUCGCGCAGCUGCACAAGAAGCUCGAGCACUACCACAAGAAGCUGAAGGAGAUCGAGCAGAACGGCCCGUCCCGGCAGCCCAAGGAUGUUUUCCGGGACAUGCACCAAGGUCUCAAGGACGUGGGCGCCAACGUGCGCUCCAGCAUCAGCGGCUUCGGCGGCGGCGUGGUGGAGGGGGUCAAGGGAGGCCUCUCGGGGCUGUCCCAAGCCACCCACACCGCCGUGGUCUCCAAGCCCCGGGAGUUCGCCAGCCUGAUCCGGAACAAAUUCGGCAGCGCCGACAACAUCGCCCACCUGAAGGACACGCUGGACGACGGGCACCCCGAGGAGGCGUCGCGGGCGCUGAGCGGCAGCGCCACACUGGUGUCCAGCCCCAAAUACGGCAGCGACGACGAGUGCUCCAGUGCCACCUCGGGCUCUGCCGGCGGCAGCAACUCCGGGGCAGGGCCCGGGGGUUUGGGGAGCCCCAAAUCCAACACUCUGGACAGCCACCACAACAACUUCGACACCAUCCUGGAGGAGCUCCGGGAGAUCAAGGACAGCCAGUCGCACCUGGAGGACUCCAUGGAGGACCUCAAGGCGCAGCUGCAGCGGGAUUACACCUACAUGACUCAGUGCUUGCAGGAGGAGCGCUACAGGUACGAGCGCCUGGAGGAGCAGCUGAACGACCUCACCGAGCUGCACCAGAACGAAAUGACCAACCUGAAGCAGGAGCUGGCGAGCAUGGAGGAGAAGGUGGCCUACCAGUCCUACGAGAGGGCGCGGGACAUCCAGGAAGCGGUGGAGUCGUGCCUGACGCGGGUGACCAAGCUGGAGCUGCAGCAGCAGCAGCAGCAGGUGGUGCAGCUGGAAGGGGUGGAGAACGCCAACGCCCGGGCGCUGCUGGGCAAAUUCAUCAAUGUCAUCCUGGCCCUGAUGGCCGUGCUGCUCGUCUUCGUCUCCACCAUCGCCAACUUCAUCACCCCGCUCAUGAAGACCCGCAUGCGCAUCCUCAGCACCGCCCUGCUCGUCCUCUUCCUCUUCUUCCUCUGGAAGCACUGGGACUCCAUCACCUACUUUCUGGAGCACGUCCUGCUCCCCAGCUGAUCCGCGGCCCCGCUGCUGCAGCCCCGGGGGCUUUCCGUAUCCCGUGGAGGAGUGGGACGGGAGGGGAAGGGGGGAUGGCAGCAGUCUGGAGCCUUGGGGUCGUUUCUUCACACGCGGUUCGGUCGCUUUCCCGGCCCCUGCUGCGCCUGGCUGCCAUGGCUCGGAGCAUGGUGGAGUCGGUCCCGCAGGAUGCUCAGGGAGGGCAGGAUGGGGAACGAGGAGGAGUUUGGGAAGAAACUGGUCGUUUACCUGUUUUUUUUCUAGGGGUUUUAGGCUGUUUUUUUGAGGUCACUCUGGUCUGAAAGCCCAUGGGAAGGUCUGCAGAGCCCGCUUCGGGGCUGUCGGGAAGGAGCGAGCUGGACCAAACCUGGCUCAAGGGGUUACUCAGGGCUGGGUUUUUCCUUUCGCCCUUAAAGACCAAGGUGGUAAAAAGUCCAGGGAUGGAGCAGAAGCGAAGCACGUGGCGAAGGAGAAAAUGGGUCCAAGGCAAGUGUCGCUGAGCCCGGUGAGCUCGCAGCGGGACAUGCGCGGCUGAGCAGCUCCUGCCGACCCCACCAGAGACAGCACCAGCACUGGCACGAGUGAGACCCCCUCUGCUGGUUUCAUUUAUUUAUUUCCCCCCCACACCCACCCUUUGCCUUUAGUCGAUCUGAUCUCUUCAGGGACACCUGGACUUGCCAGCAUCACGCCUCUGAGUCCUCCAGCCUCUGCAACGUGUCGUGUGUGUGUGCGUGUGCGUGCGCGUGCAGUUUUUAAUUUAAUUCAAGACUCUGUUUCCAUUUGUGAAUCAAAGCUGGUAGUGCCAGGGGAGGCGGGCAGCUGCCUCCCCAGCCCUACACAAGAGCACAGCAUGCUGUCUCGGAUGUUUCUUAAAUUAUUUCCUACAUAUAUAUUUCUGUACCACAUCUCCACACACACCCGUAUAUAAAUACAGAGAGCGAUACAAGCUA